AUGGGUUGGGGAGGUGAAACCACCGCCAAGAUGGAACUGACACAAGGACUUUGCCGUGAAAUUUACAAAUCGAACAAGGAAAUCAAGGCUCUUAGAAUAAUAGACGAAGCCCUCAGACUGGGCAAUGUUCUUUGGAAUGAAGAGCUCGGUCGUGCUUUGAUCAUCGACUUUCACCGCUCUACUCUGAGACCCUCUAAGCAGUGA